AUGCUAAUAAAGCAGCGGGUGAAUCUUGCAGCAGAGGACUCGGAUGGCUACGACGGCCUGAAGCUGGCAGCCCAGGCGGGCUACAGUGAAAUCGUUCGUGAAUUACUGGACAAAAUGGUCGAUCCACUGAAGCCAUUGAGAAGUGGUGACACGGCUAUCCAUCUAGCCGCUGAAUUCGGUCACCCGCUCACUGUUGGAAUUCUUCUCAAGAAGUCGCCAAAUGGUGUGUAUUAUAUGAACAACAGGAAAUACUCCCCUCUUCAUCUCGCGGCAGCCAGGGGCUACGUGAAUAUUCUUCAGCAGUUGCUGCGAGUCAAAGAGCCUCACGACAUUCCCGAAGGAGGCCAUGCCACAGAUGAUGAGAAUCACACCACCGAGGGUUCGUUUGCCAUCACUGCCCACCAUAACCGCACGCCCUUGCAACUGGCAGCCGAGAAUGGUCAUCUAGCCGCAGUCCAGGAGCUCCUGGAGCCAAAAAUAGAUGACAGCGUCCGCAAUUGCAGCAUCGCGUUUUUCUUGGCCGCCGCCAAUGGCCAUGCCUCUAUUGUGGAGCGACUUUUAAAGCACGGCAUCAGGAACACCGUUGUUGACGAGGAAGGAAACACACCGCUUCAUGUUGCUGCUCGAGAAGGGCACGUCGGUGUGAUUUUGAUGCUCCCAGACACGCCCCAAUUUGCCGUCAACCCAAAGAACGCCAAAGGAUGGACACCGCUUCAUUUGGCAGCAAAUUUUGGAAACUUAAGGACCGUCAAGGAGCUCCUGAAACUCGGCGCUGGCAUUAAAUUGGUUACCGACAACAAUGACACACCCCUCCUACUAGCCGCGACUGGCGGCCACCGCUUGACAGCUCGAGAGCUCAUUGAAAAGGCGCCGGACGCUAAAUCUAGGAAUAGAGAAGGCCGGGAAGCCAUUGAUGUGGCAGCCAAGAGGGGCCAUGUGGCGAUUGUGCAAGAACUACUCUUGGCCGGCCUUUUGCUCGACAGAAACCAGUGGACUUGUAUGGAACUCGACAACCGCGGUAGUAUGUACACGCCGUUACACGUUGCGGUAUUGGGAAACUCCCUAGCCUCUGUCAAAAUUCUACUAGGUGCUUCAGUAGACGUUAAUGCCAAAGACUCGUUGAAGAGGACACCACUACACUUGGCGGCAGAGAACGGCUAUGGCGAUAUCGCCGAAGCCCUGAUACUUGCGGGUACAGAUCUGGAUGCAGAGGACCACGAGGGGUGCACCGCGCUAUACACAGUCUGCUACUUCGGAAAGCUGGAUGUUGUCCAGGCCCUGCUGAAGUCUGAGGACGCCAAGUAUCGAGCAGACGUGAGGAAGCGAGCCGCGUUACGUGGCUGGGCGCCUCUGCACGCGGCACAUGACAACGCAGAUAUAACCAAUCUUCUCCUCGAGGCGAAUGCUGAGGUGGAUUGCCAAGCUCGCAACGAUGGUUUGACGGCACUCGCAAUGGCGGUUUUUGAAGACUAUGAUGUAGCCAAGAUGAUUCUGCAGCACAAGGCGAACCCUAACGUGGCCGACGUGGAUGGUGAGACGAGCGUACACUGCGCGGCCAACGGCUACGGAGGGCCUGAAAUGCUCGAGCUCCUCGCAACGUACGAGGCUGAUCUGGACGCCCAAAGUCUCGAUAAAACUACUCCUCUUCACCUUGCCGCCAAGGAGCAGGAAGAAGGGGUAGUGAGAUUCCUCUUGGAGAAAGGAGCCAAGGUGGACAAUGUUAGCGACAGAUACGGCACGGCUCUGAGAGCUGCCGCCGAGGGAGGGGAUGUGUCGAUAGCCAAGCUUAUCCUGGCAAAAUGCGCCGACGUAAAUGCCACGGGCGGGAGAUUCCACACGGCUCUGCAGGCGGCAGUGUCCGAAGGCAAUAGUGAGAUGGUGGAUCUGCUCCUGAAGGAGGGAGCGGCCGUGAACAUGCGUCACGAAUCCGUUGGCACCGCCCUGGAGAGCGCCAUCAAACAAGGUCACGUCGGCAUAGCCUUCAGGCUGCUCGAUGCAAAUGCUGAAGUCAAUGCAGCAGACAAGAAGAAGGAGUCGCCUUUGCAGAUGGCUGUCCGGCGCAGCCUAGGUUCCCUGAUUCAACGACUCAUCCAGGAAGGGGCCGACCUCGACUGCCAGGAGAGUGAAGUAGAUUCGCCUCUGUGCCUCGCUGUGAUGGAAGGAGACGGUUCAAAAAACGGACAUUCACUCCUUUCGUAUGCUAUCUGGUAUAAGCUGCAUUCUCGAUUCCCGGUGCUUCUGGAUGCCGGAGCACGGGAUGAGCUGGCCCUCGAGGACGCGGUCCGCGCCAGCGACGCGACUAUGGUAGAUGCGCUCUUGGGCCUCCUCGAAGGGCCCGUAGCAGAUGUAUCCGGCAGAGAAAGCUUGGUGCAUCUAGCCAUUGAGAGAGCCCCCGUGGAUAUCCUCAGAGCCCUUGACAAGCUCAGAGCGGAUUUCCACGUGAACGACAGGUAUGGCCGUGGAGUCUUGAGCCACGCCAUAGACUUGCACAGAAACAGUAUCGUCGACUACCUUAUCCAACGUCGUGAUUCUUAUUAUUUCGAACAAGCUGAUAACCACGGUCGGACACCUCUCACAUGGGCGGUGAUCAGACAUAGCGAUUGCCUCCAAGACUUGAUCAGUAUGACAAGUACUCUUGACGUCACUGACAACGAGGGCAAAACACCGUUGAUAUACGCUUGUAUGCAUGAUUAUGGUGAAGCCGUGCGCGUUUUGCUUGAACGAGGAGCAGAUCCGAGCAUAGUUGACUGUCGCGGCCGCGGAGCACUUUACUGGGCUGCUCGUCGAGCUCGCCUCGGACUAUUUGAAACGAUAUGCGAUAGUCUAUUCCCAUUGCAAUGCCGCUCCAGUCACUUCGCAGGUGCCUUGAGCGCCGCCGUUGCAUCACGCAGGAGCAGUUUCAUCGACAGGCUUCCCUACAAGUAUCCCGGAAUUUGGGACCUGCCAGACGCGGAGGGCUGGUCGCCGAGAUACACCGCAAAGCAGUAUGGUACUGAUAUUGCGCACUUGCACACCGACGUGGAAUUUGAAGAGAAAGGUUUCAGCUACUUGCCGAAGCGCCCGGCGAGGUGGUCAGAUACCGAUCGGUCGCCGAAUCUUAGUGUCAGCAGCGACGGGAAAGUGAUUACCGUUUCUGGGCAGCCAGGCGGCGCCGGGUCGGCCUAUGCAGCGAUUCGUGCCGACUUUCCGAUGGUGCCUAUCCCAGAGCUUAAUAACGUCUAUUAUUUCGAAGUAAAAAUCGACAAGAGUCAAGACCCUAGGAGUUGGGGGAUAGGCUUCUGCGAGGAGCAUGUCGAGCUUGAUGCCACUGUUGGCUGGUACAAUGGCUCAUGGGGUUACCGAGGACGUGACGGCGAGGCAUACGGUGAAGGGUCCAAAGGGUCCAACAGCAAUUACGACGCCAAGUACGACCAAGAUGCCGUCAUAGGGUGUGGCAUCAAUUUCGACCAACACGUUGCUUUCUACACCAAGGAGGGAGUAGUCCUAGGUAAAGCGUUCACUGAUGUCAAGGGAAAACUGUACCUUGCUGUUAGCGUCGAUGAGUGCAUGGUGGGCUCGCAGGUGUCGACCAAAUUUUGGGACGGCGAAACGACAAAUUUCAUGUACAGGGGCAGCUUUACGGCUCCGGAGACGCUGGCCUGGCCAGAAGCAGCACUUGAUCUGAUAGCGGACGGCUUGGAGUUGGGGAAGGAGGUGACGGAAGCUCCAGACGGCGGCGUCGUGAUGUAG